AUGAAAAAGGUGCAGCGCUUCAUCGGCGUCGGCGACUCCAAGCCUGCCUCAGUGCCCUUGAGCACCAGCCCAGGCAACUCCUUCCUCAGCGCUGGCCUCCUCUCGAGCCCGUAUGCGUCCACUCCCACCACUCCUGGAGCAGCUGCUGCUGCUGCUGCUGGCGGUGCUUCUGUCAGCUACGAUGUCACUGCCAGCCGCCUCUUGCCACCCACACAGUCCAUGCCGGAUCAGCGACCACAGAUCUCGCCUCAAUCUUCUCAGGUCUUUGCGACACCGCAACCCACCAAUGCCUCCGCUCAACAGCAAUACUUUGACCUUCCCAUCAGCGCCGUAUCGCCAAGCCCACGCUCCGUCUCACCCCUGGCCAUGCCCUCGCUCAGUCACUCUGCCUCCUCUUCAGCGCUCAACCCCACGUCCUCUGCCGCGGACGUCCAGCUCGUCGAGCGUUCCGACCUCCACAAGUCCUUGAAAGCGCUCGAGUCUCUGCUCGUCAAUCUCGACGAGUAUCGCGAUCUUUCGGCUCGCCUGGCCAAAGUCGAAAAGAAGCUCGCGAAGAGCACAUCAGAACUUGAGCGCACCAAAGUUGUCCUCGAGACACCCUCCCAAACUUUGCAGCUCACCUCGACCAUGUUUGAAGGCCUCGCUGACGUCUCGUCACGACACGCCAAGCACGUACAACGCGAGUACGAGGCGGUCAACGAUGCAUGCGCCAAGUACUUUAAAAAGGUGGCCAAGGAAGAGCGCGCGCAUGACGAACUCGUUCAGACGCUUGAUGCAAAGAUCAAAAAGGCCAACGCUGCUCACGAGAAGAACGUCAAGAAAGCCACCGCGAACAAGGCUCUCGAGUCCCACGACAAGUACAUCGCCACCGUCCAGGCGCUCACCAACGACAUUAGCCGCGCCAAGAACGCUCAUGCACUUUCGAUGGCUGCCAAGAGUCACGCUUCGUCGCUGCUUGUCGCCAGCACCGUCGGAGGUUUGGCCGAUGUCGAGUUCAAAAGUCGAUGCGAGUCGGUACGCCGAGUUGGGCCGCACGUCGGCCGUCUCAACCAGCUCCUGUGCUUCACAUCGUCCGAGUUCAUGCCUGCUCUCCAGGCUGCCGAGUUCAAGGAGGUCGAACACGGCCAAGCCGAGUACUUGGCCGGUCUUGCAGCGCAGGUGGAGGCUUCGGUGGCAGCUCAGGCUCAAAUCAAUGCCAAGGUCAAUGAAGACACACAGACAAUCUUGCGAGCACAGGAGAUGGGUUGGCGUCCGCCUUCACCCUUGGCUCCUCCCACUUCCGCCAGUGUCGCGAACCUCGGCCGCAGCACCAGCAUCAAUAGCAACGCCAGUAGAGCGACCGACGCUGUUGCAGCGCCUCGAUCCACCUCUUUGCAGCUGAAGCCGGAACGUGACAGCGCUCGAUCGCGUUCCAACUCGUCAUCCAACGUCACGGCCUCUCCAUCUUCUUCCGCUCCCAUCCAAAGCGAUGCCGCGUCGGUGCACAGCAUUGCCACCGACCAGACCCCGCGUGCCGCGACGAAUGGCACUGCUACCGAGGCACAGCCAUCAUCGACACAGUCGGGUACAAUGCUGAGCGCACCUAUGCCGGGUGCCAGCCUCAUCCGUGCAGCGUCAGCCUCCACGAUCAAGUCUAUGGCUGCACAGCCUCAGAGCUGGGACCGUGGCUUGGCCUCGUCAAGCUCUUCGGCGGUCGGCGGCCGUACGAGUAGCGCAACACUCGCCCACGACCGUGAUCGCACUGACUCUUCCGUGCAAGAGGGCAGCAUCGUCGACAAGCUGGUCGUGCCACGCGAGGACUCGGAUGCUGCUCCUCCCAGCUUGAGUGCCACCAACAGCGCGCAGGGCUCGGAGGACGGCAAUCGCAUUCCACGCACACCUGACGAAAGCGAGCCAAUGCCGUUGAUGCAGUCCGGUCACAAAGCUUCCUUCCAGCAGCUGCAGAAAGAGAGAGACACGUUCGCCUAUGGCAAUGCCGAACACACGGAUCGUUCUCGAUUGGUCUCGUCACCCAAAUUGCGGCCUGCUGAGCGCGCCCUCGAGCAAUACCGAGAACUAACAACCAGGCCCGAAACAUCGCCCACCGCUUCCAGAUUUGAUCGCGACAGCAUUGCCUCGAGCCAGCUAACUGACAGUGCAGCAGAUGACGCCAAUGCCCGCAAGAUCAGUCUCUGGGAACGCGAACGCGAGCGAAUGAGGCAGAUCGAGAGGGAAGAGGGGUUAGCAGCCGCGCGCGCUCCCGUCUCUGCCACCUACUCCCGCCCUCCCUCCGUUGUCUAUUCUAGCAACACCUCUUCGUCGGCGUACAACGACAAUGGCGGCUGGUCGCGUUCCAAGAUCAGUGACGGAGACGUCCACGACAGAGGUGCAGGCUCGCAGUUAGGUCUCGGCUAUCCGCGUCCGUCAGGCGCUGACGCACACGACCUGGAUCGGUAUGCUCCGGCGGUGGGGUCGACACGUCUGUCUGCUACUGGCGUCGCACGCUCGCUGAGCACCGACACGACCGCUUCGGAACGCAGCUUUGUCGCACGCAUGAAGGCUCGCUACCAAGCCGAAAAGGAUCUGGAGCGGGAACAUCGCGAGCUCAACGUGCUGGAAAAGGAACGCGCGGCACGAAGGGCCACGAUGGACCCCACCUUGUCGCUUCCCUCGAUGAGCGGUGUGCGCAGUCGCGUGCCAGAGAUCGCAUCGCGCUACCAGUCGGUAGGCGCUGGGACGUAUCCGCAAGAGGUGAGCUCGGGUCGGCGAUACCAUGACAGCUUGCCGGCGAACGCUCCCCCAGGCGGCAGUGGCGGCGUUGGCUCGCGAAACAGUGCCAAGGCGUCUGCGCUAUCAGCAGCUGCGGGCAAUGGAAGCGUCGAAGAGUUUGGCGGAAUCAUCAGAGACAGUCGAAGCAUGGCCUCGGGUAGGCGGUCGAUGGAGCCACCUCAUUCGGAUGUCUGUGGGUGCCACCAGUGCUCGGCACGUCACUACGGUAGCGGUACGACGAGGAUGGACAACUCAAGUCGUGAGCAGGACCUCUCUGCCAACGCACGCAGCAACCCACGCGAGUUCAAUGUUCGCCACACAUCUAUGCCGGUUCUGCCGCGUCAGAGCCAGCAGGCAUAUGCAAAGCACCAGCAGCCACAGCAUCAGCAAGUGUCAUACGCCAGUUCGUCUCCUCGUGCGGCGCCCCGUGAUGCAUAUUCAUACCGUGAUCAGCAACAUCUGGGCGCACUAGGAGGUCGAGAUGCGCCACCGCCGCGUCGAAGCUACGAUGAGGUAGACAGUGGAUCGAGACGGGUCGCGUUUGUUCAGGAGCCUCAGCGUAUGCGUUAG